AUGACGAUGCACCUGGAUGAUGAAUUUUCGUCAAAGCCAGAGCAGUGCUCUGCAACGCCAGCACGGCCCCCCUUAUUUGUGGCACAGUUACCUCUAGAUAAUCACGAAAGGAGACGAAUUCAGAGGGUGCUUAUUGCCAACAGAGGCGAAAUAGCAUGCCGCAUCAUCGCCACAUGCCGUAAACUUGAUCUAACAUCGAUUGCUCUCUAUGCCGACGAAGACUCGACCUCUCAACAUGUCUCUGCUGCCGACGAGGCCAUCCGUCUCGGUAGCAUCAAUCAAACAGAAGGCAACCCCUUUUUGAAUGUCCAGCUUCUUGUCAAAAUCGCUCAAUCAGCCAAAGCAGACGCUAUACAUCCCGGCUACGGUUAUCUUAGCGAGAAUGCAGAUUUUGCCAAAGCGAUAUGCCAAGCAGGAAUGAUCUUCAUCGGACCAAGUCAACAAGCAAUGUCCACGCUGGGUGACAAAAGAAACUCGAAAGAUUACCUGAGGAAACAUGCACCCAACAUCCCCCUGAUUUCGGGGUUUUCAGGUUCAAGCCAGAACGUGGAGGACUUGGACACUGCCGCACAGGCUAUCGGCUUUCCGGUUCUCCUUAAGGCAUCUGCGGGAGGUGGUGGUCGUGGUAUGCGUAUUGUUCGAGAGCGAUCGAGUUUGAAAGAUGAGCUAGCUCGAGCACAAUCCGAGGCCAAACGCUCUUUCGGCUCAAGUGAUUGCAUCCUGGAGAAAUAUAUCGAAGCGGCUAAGCACAUUGAGGUCCAGAUUGUUGGGGACACAACCGGGAAAGUGAUAUCUCUAUGGGAGCGAGAGUGCUCAGUACAACGACGAUAUCAGAAAGUUAUCGAGGAAACUCCCUCUCCCUUCUUGACUCCAGUUCAGAGACAAGAAAUGUGUGCAGCUGCCGUUCGUAUCGGUGAGCUCAUUGGUUAUGUAGGGGCGGGGACUGUUGAGUUUGUCGUUGAUGUCAAAGACGGCAGCUUCUAUUUUCUCGAAGUCAACACACGACUACAGGUCGAGCAUCCCAUCACAGAAGAGGUCACUGGUCUAGAUAUUGUUUCUUUGCAAUUAUUCGUUGCAGCGGGGGGAAGCUUCGCCAGUCUCCCUGCAUUACGCCAAAUUCCGCAGUAUGGCCAUGCAAUCGAGUGUCGACUCUGUGCCGAAGACCCGGUGAACAAUUUCAUGCCCGAUCAUGGCACCAUUCGAUUGUGGAAGAAGGCAGACGUUGUGACGGGAUCGAGAGAUGUCCGUUUUGAGACGGCUGUGGAGACGGAUUCCACAGUUUCCAUUCAUUUCGACUCUAUGAUUGCCAAAAUCGUCGUAUGGGCACCGACGAGGGCCAUGGCUAUUUCGAAGAUGGUCAGGGUCAUGGCCAACACUGUGUGCGCCGGUGUGAGAACCAACCAGCUUUUCCUCCAGAGUUGCCUUCUGCAUAGCGGCUUUCAGGAUCCACGGUACACCACGUCUUUCAUCCCGACGCAUUUGGAGACCCUGCUCAAGAACCCCCAUUCAGAGAGAGCAGCGGACAUGAUAUCAAUGCUGUCGAUCGUGUCAGGAUUAGUCGUGCGAGACAAUCAAUUUGGAUCUGUCCCCAAACCAUUCAGGCACGUGCGUCGAGGAUUCAGGAAUCAACCGUUUGAUCCCGUCAACCUCAACACUCUAGUCAUUGUGCCAAAUAGUCCAGGGCUUACAACAACCCCAACAUUAUCUGUCUGGACGCCGUCCAGGGCAGCAUAUCGAGGAGCUCACUGUGUUUCCUUACUCCCUAUGUCCGGGACGAACGACGAGUCUGAAAAUCAACCCACAACCCAGGCCACAGAAUCCGCCACGGACGAGGGGUCUCUCCGAUAUAACGCCAUAAGCAGGAAGCUUCGAAGCAACGCCCUCUCGAGUGCUCCACAAUACGAAGUUGAACUCAAGAAACGCAAGAACAUUAACACGACCGGCGACUUAUGUCGUUCGUUAUGGUCGACGGCUUUUGUCGAAGUAUCCUUCAACACGUCCAAAGUCCAAGCAUACAUCGCCACUGACAUGACGGUUCCUCGAGCAGAUUCUUCCCAAACCAUCGUCCUAUGCCACUUUCCCGCCCUCGGCACCUGGAUCGAAUAUAAAUGCUGCAGUCUGCUGGACUAUUUCUCCACUUUACGCGAGGCAGCAGUGGCAUCUGCAACAGGCUCGGCGCCGAAAUCUAUCACAGCGCCCAUGCCGUGCAAAGUGUUGUUGGUGCUGAAGAAGAAUGGCGACGAGGUCAAGAGUGGGGAGACGGUCAUGGUCAUCGAGAGCAUGAAAAUGGAAACGAACGUGGUGAUUCCGGCGGCAGGCAAGUUCAUGACGAAUGUCAAGCAGGGGGCGGCGGUGGAUGAUGGAGAAGUUUUGUGCUGGGUUGACUAA